GUUCUAAUAAUUCUUUAGAUGUUAAUAAUCCGGUAGCUAAAGCAAGAAAAGGGCACCCACAGAGUCAAAUCUAUAAUAUAAAGAGUUGUGAAAAAAAGCAUAAUAAUUUUGAAACUAAUGAUAAUAGUAAUAGUUUUGAAUCAGGAAGUUAUGAUGAAG